AUGGAUGUGGAUGAAGUGUUUGAAAUGGUUACAAGUGGUAUGACCCACGAAGAUAUAAGUAAUACACUCAAGACCCGCUUUCCAGGAAUAAGAGGCUUCUCUGCAAGAAGUGUUCGGCGAUUCUGCUCUGAAAAUGGCAUUCAUAAACCAGAUUCUGCUCAAGUAGAUGCUGUAGUCGAAUGUGCUGUUACUGAAGUUGGACAUGUGUAUGGCCGGAGAAUGUUAAAGGGUGUGCUUGAGUCUAAAGGUAUUAAGGUAUCUGAGAAAAGAGUUUCAGAGUCCUUACAGAGAGUGGCCCCUUUGCAAUAUGAUCAGCGGCGGAAUGACACCUUAGACCGUACUAAUCCACUGCAAUACUCGGCUCUCCACUUUGGGCAUAAACUUCAUAUUGACCAAAAUGAAAAGAUCACAAUGUUUGGUGCUACCCACAUAGUUGCAAGGGAUGGAUAUUCAGGCAAGAUAAUUGCUUACUGUACAAUGCCAGUCAAGAACAAUUUGGCUAUAUACGACAGUAUUUUGAGGUCAUCUACUAAAACGUAUGGUCUUUGGAAGCAAAUUCGAGUCGACCAUGGAAGAGAAUUUUAUCUUCUUUUGUAUGUACAAGAAGCACUUCGUUGUCGUGUUGGCCCUCGGGAUAUUCUUCCUUACGUUCAAUCUCCUUCAACAGAAAACCACACUGUUGAACGCAUUAUUUUGGGUUGAAGUAAAUUCUCGUAUUAACUACCCCCUAAAGCGACACUUGAUAUCAAUGGAAGCUACUAAUCUGAUUAACAUGAGUGAUGAAACUACAAAAUUUUGUGUUUCGUUUGUUACGUGCAAUGUUGCUUAUCAUGGAUUAUCAUUGUUUGUUGCAGCUUGGAAUCAUCAUUCUAUACCAGGUCGAGGAGUACCCAAUCAUUUGCAGGUGCAGCGUUAUGAAACUAUACCCAUUCCAGAUGGGGAAGUACCGGGUACUGAUGAAGCUGCAGAUGCAUACCGUUCUCAAGGUGGUCAGCUAAGAGAGUUUGGACUUUUUGGUUGCGAUCCACUCUUCCACUCAAGGAUCGACAGGAUCUAAUUAUGAAAAGGGAGCAAUAUUUCCUCUCUCGCUGUCGUUUUGGGGACAUCUUUAGUAAUGUGGUAUCAGGAAAUGGACAAGCAUAUUCAUAUGCAAUUGCUGAGUUCAUUAGAAUAACGAACUCUCUAGAAGCUUAUCUAUAGUCUAAGAGCCAUUUUACUUGCUCAUAAUCAUUAUAGAGUGUUUAACAUUAACUGAGUACUACAAGUUAACUGCUAGGGGUUGUAAUAUUAAAAUAUCUCCCCCUCGUGUUUUCAAAAUACCAGGAAACGUUGGGUUCUGGAAACUCGCAUUAAUGGAAAUUUAAAGAUUUAAGAAUCCAGAAAUUGGUAAAUGCAAGCACUCCCUAAUUUCCUGACUUUUUGGCAAAAAACACAGACAUUCUAGAAUGGCCGCUUUAAUACACUGAUCU